AUGUACAUACAUUCAAGUAGAACAGUACUUGCUCGAUAUGGGUCCCGAACGCCCCUACUAAGGCCACUGGUGUUGGGUCGAUAUUCCACUUCGCCGGCAGCGACAAUAGAAGCCAGAAAAAUUGCACUAAAUCGUGACAAUUAUAUUAAAUCGGUAUACGACCGCAUCGCCAAAAUCCCACCGGAGAACUAUAGAAACUUCAGCAUUGUGGCCCAUGUUGACCAUGGCAAAUCAACCCUUUCUGACAGGUUACUAGAGCUAACAGGGGUCAUACAGCCUGGAGAUAAGAACCAGGUUCUUGAUCGGUUGGAUGUUGAAAGAGAGCGAGGAAUCACUGUCAAGGCUCAAACAUGUACAAUGAUAUUUAAUGACCCCCGCAACGGCCAGGAUUACUUGUUGCAUUUAGUUGAUACCCCUGGUCACGUUGAUUUCCGUGCUGAAGUAUCUAGGUCAUACGCUUCUUGUGGAGGUGCACUUUUGCUUGUGGAUGCAACUCAAGGUGUUCAAGCACAAACUGUAGCCAACUUUUAUUUGGCCUAUAGUAUGGGACUCAAAUUAAUACCCAUCAUUAACAAGAUAGACUUGGACGCAGCUGAUAUACCUCGAGCUAUGGACCAGGUUGAGUCAACCUUUGAACUCGAUCGUGAAAACUGUCUUCAAGUAAGUGCCAAAACUGGCCUCAAUGUGAAGUCUAUCCUUCCUGCCAUCGUCGAUCACAUUCCAGCCCCUGACUGUGACAUCAACAGUCCCCUAAAGGCUCUCUUAGUUGACUCUUGGCACGAUCCAUAUGUUGGCGUAGUGAUGCUUCUAUACGUCAAAGAAGGAACCAUCAAAAAGGGCAUGAAGUUAUUGUCGGCUCACACUGAAGGACGAUACGAGGUGAAAGAAGUUGGCAUUAUGUACCCAGACAAGGUUCCCAUGGAAAGCAUUCGUGCUGGUCAGGUAGGGUAUAUUGUGCCUGGGAUGAAGGACCCAAGUCAAGCCAAGAUUGGAGAUACUUUUUUUCAGUAUGGAAAACAUGAAGGACUUGAAGCACUCCCCGGCUUUGAAGAGCCGAAACCAAUGGUGUUUGUUGGGGCAUUUCCAGCAGAGGGAUCCGAGUUCAAAGUAAUGGAUGACCACAUUGCCAACUUGGUGUUGAAUGAUCGUUCUGUCACUUUAGAAAAAGAGACUUCAAACGCUCUUGGUUUGGGUUGGCGUUUGGGCUUUCUAGGUUCUCUUCAUGCUUCUGUCUUUCAGGAACGACUCGAAAAUGAAUACGGAGCAAAGAUCAUUUUGACUGCUCCUACGGUUCCCUAUAAGAUAGUUUACAAAGAUGGAACUGAUAAGAUUGUUACCAACCCAGAUGAAUUCCCAGGCUCAGAUUUGCGUAAUCAAAACGUUGACAAGCUUAUGGAGCCUUAUGUCAACGCCAUUAUGACCAUUCCCGAUGAGUACAUUGGGGCAGUUAUGUCACUUUGUGAAAAUAAUCGUGGCAUUCAAAAAGAAUUAGAAUACCUCACUAAUGGACAAGUUCUUAUGCGCUACGAAAUUCCCUUGGCACAGUUGGUGGAAGAUUUCUUUGGAAAGUUGAAAGGAUGUACCAAAGGUUACGCUUCGUUGGACUAUGAGGAUGCUGGCUAUAAAAAAUCCGAUAUAGUUAAGAUGGAACUUUGCGUCAACGGAGAACCGCAAGAUGCACUCACUCAGGUGAUGCACAGGUCUCAAGUCCAGGCAAGAGGUAAAGAAUAUGUUGUUCGUUUCAAAGAGUACUUGAGAUUUCAACUCUUCGAAGUUGCCAUUCAGGCCAAGGUUAAUAAUAAGGUUGUUGCUCGUGAGACAAUCAAGGCGAAACGAAAGGAUGUUACUCAAAAGUUGCAUGCAGCGGAUAUUUCUAGAAGGAAAAAGUUAUUGCUGCGUCAAAAGGAGGGCAAGAAGCAAAUGAAGGCUAGUGGAAGGGUGCACAUAAAUCACGAAGCUUAUCAAGCAUUUCUUCGCCGGACAAUAUAA